AGAGUUCGCAAACACAUCGUACUCCUUAUCCCUGCCCAUCCCCAUCCCCCUCUCGCUGCCUGUCCAGCCCUCGGCGCGAUACCAACCCAGGUCCCUUCAUACGCCUUCUAUGUGCCCACCCUCCCAUGCCCCAACCCUCUCUUUACACCCAUUCUCACCCUCUCCCCCCAUCCCAUACUCCCCGUCAAUGCCCAUCUCCCUUCACACUUCUUCACCGUGCACAUCCCCCCCUAUCCCACGCUGCCCUUCCUCUUCAGUGAACAGAGACACGAGCCUCCAUGGAGAUCGGAGUAUGGGGCCGGUUUUAGUGGUUGGAGAGAUACUAUAGCUGAUUUGCAACACUAUAAAUGCCUUUCUCAGAUAUGAUAUGAUACAUCAGGUAGCGAUUUGAGAAGCCUCCCCUCCCCUAAUCAUGAAUAAUACUACUCAAAGUGC